AUGAGCCGUUAUCAGCAGACAGAGGCUGAGCGAUCAGGCGGCGAGUCUACGCAAGAGCAGAUUCACACGCGUCGGGCUCACGAGGUUCGAGGCACCUUGACUGGGACGCUUCAGGCCUUCGAUAAACAUUGGAACAUUGCGUUAUCAAAUGCAACGGAACGCUGGUCUAGACGAAAAUCUAACAAAAUGAAAGCACCCCCGAUGGGCGGCGCAGGUUGUCCAAGCAACAAACCAAAUAAAAUUCGCGUUAAAAUUCCUGAAACUAAAAUAAUAAGCAGCAAAGGUAAAAAUGAAGUUUGUGAACGAUUUGUACCAAAAGUAAUGAUCAGAGGGGAACAUGUUGUUUUAAUAAUAUUAAACCUCCAAGAGAAAGUUAAGAAGUAA